AGCCUACGCAAUCCUACAUUCGUGAAUCGCUCAAUUCCGGCACUUCCCAACCAACGUGGGCUGUGGAUGUGGCACCAAAGCAUCUACUGACUACGUGUCUCCUGCAGUGCACUCACAAGUGUAGUUGUGGUUUGGGUUUCAAGGUUUUCACACUGUGAGCUGUCCUCAGGUGUUCAGUGUCAUGCUUGCCAGACUGGCCUUGUGCUCUCGCUCGCCAUCCAGAAUCCAGCAGUCAAAUGUCUGUCCAGUCCCCAUCAGAGCGUUUGCCCAGGCUAAAUUCCCACGUCCCCAUGGGAAGUCUUUGGCCCACCGCAGUGAGCUAAAGCAGGCCAAACGUAUCGUAGUGAAGCUGGGAAGUGCUGUGGUGACACGGGAUGAGUGUGGUCUGGCACUGGGGCGACUGGCCUCAAUAGUAGAACAGGUUGCCAUGCUGCAGAAUCAAGGAAGGGAGAUGCUGAUAGUCACCAGUGGUGCUGUGGCGUUUGGGAAGCAGAGACUGAGACAUGAGAUCCUGCUGUCUCAGAGCGUCAGACAAGCCUUGCAUUCUGGACAGAACCAACUCAAAGAAAUGUCGGUUCCAGUUCUCGAGGCACGGGCAUGCGCAGCUGCUGGACAGAGCGGUCUGAUGGCGUUGUAUGAAACUAUGUUCACCCAAUACAGCACCUGCACUGCACAAAUUCUGGUCACCAACCUGGAUUUUCACGACGAGCAGAAGCGUCGCAACCUGAGCAGCACGCUCCAUGAACUGCUGCGGAUGAACAUAGUUCCUAUCAUCAACACCAACGACGCCGUUGUUCCGCCCCCUGUUCCCAACAGUGACCUGCAGGGGGGAAAUGUGAUAAGCAUCAAAGAUAAUGACAGCUUGGCUGCACGGCUGGCUGUUGAAAUGAAAGCAGAUCUCCUCAUUGCCCUGUCUGAUGUAGAAGGCUUAUACGACAGUCCCCCAGGAACGGAUGAUGCCAAGCUCAUUGAUAUAUUCUAUCCUGGAGACCAGCAGUCAAUCACGUACGGCACGAAGUCCAGAGUCGGCAGUGGCGGUAUGGAAGCCAAGGUGAAAGCAGCGCUUUGGGCUCUACAGGGCGGGACGUCUGUUGUCAUUGCCAACGGCACACAUCCUAAAGUCACAGGCCACGUCAUCACAGAUAUUGUGGAGGGGAAGAAAGUUGGCACCUUCUUCUCUGAAGUGAAACCCGCAGGCCCGACUGUGGAGCAGCAGACGGAGAUGGCCCGGCAUGCAGGCAGGGCUCUGGCCUCCCUGGACCCUGAACAGAGAGGGGAGAUCAUCUGCUCUCUUGCUGAGCUGCUUACAGAGAAGAAAGAUGAGAUCCUCAGCGCCAACAUGAGAGACAUGGAGUUAGCGACAACGUCAGGUCGUCUCUCCCAGCCUCUGAUCGACCGCCUGAGUCUGUCAACCGCUAAGCUGAACAGCCUUGCCAUUGGCCUCCGUCAGCUUGCUGUGUCCUCCAGGGAUAGCGUGGGUCGGGUGCUGAGGAGGACCAGGGUGGCCAACAACCUAGAGCUAGAACAGAUCACUGUGCCCAUCGGUGUCCUGCUGGUCAUCUUUGAGUCGCGUCCUGAUUGUCUCCCACAGGUGUCGGCUCUGGCUAUAGCCAGUGGAAAUGCUCUGCUACUGAAGGGAGGCAAAGAAGCUUCCAACACCAAUAGAAUUCUACAUCAACUCACUCAGGAAGCACUUUCCAUUCAUGGCGUGGCAGAUGCCAUUCAACUGGUGAGCACACGUGAAGAAGUCGAGGAUCUGUGCCGACUAGACAAGUUGAUCGACCUGAUCAUUCCGAGGGGCUCGUCCGAGCUCGUUCGGAACAUCCAAAGGGCAGCGAAGGGUAUUCCUGUUCUGGGCCACAGCGAGGGCGUCUGUCACGUCUACAUAGACAGUGAAGCUGCAAUAGACAAAGCUAUAGAUAUUGUCAGAGACUCCAAAUGCGACUACCCUGCAGCCUGCAAUGCCAUGGAGACCCUCCUUAUUCACAGGGAUUUGCUGCGAACUCCUAUAUUUGACCAGAUCAUUGAUUUGCUGAGAACCGAACAUGUGAAGAUCCAUGCAGGCCCCCGGUUUGCAUCCUAUUUAACUUUCAGCCCAUCGGAGGUGAAGUCUCUGAGAACAGAGUAUGGGGACCUGGAGUGCUGCAUUGAGGUGGUAGACAGCAUGCAGGACGCCGUGGACCACAUCCACAAAUACGGCAGCUCCCACACUGAUGUCAUUGUUACAGAAAGCGAAGAGACAGCCGAGCAGUUUCUGCAGCAGGUGGACAGCGCCUGUGUAUUCUGGAACUCCAGCUCUCGCUUUGCCGAUGGCUACCGCUUUGGCCUAGGAGCUGAGGUUGGUAUCAGUACGUCACGGAUACAUGCCAGAGGUCCAGUGGGUUUGGAGGGGCUUCUGACCACUAAAUGGGUCCUUCGAGGGGAAGGGCACACUGUGGCUGACUUCUCUGAGCAAGGGAGUAUGAAAUACCUUCAUGAAAACCUCCCUGUCCCCCAGGGGGGGCUUUAAUUAGGGGCCCAACCAAAGAGCCAUGAACGGGAAGGAAGAUAACUGAUGUCUACCCAGAGUUUAUGAAGAGGUCUGCCAGUAGCACUUCAACUUUUAAGCGGCUGCUUCUUCACCUGUGUAAAUCCACUAUUUCGGUGCAGAAAAAACGGCUACUUUUACUGGACAACCUGUGCAUAAACCUGUGAACCAGCUUUUUACACAAAUGCCAAUCUCCAGAGACAAUGACUGAUUGUUACGUGACUGGUGAGAGGGAAAUGUAAUCCGGCAGGUCAAACACAGACGAAGCUCUUUCCUCUGUAAGGUCUUUUUUUUUUUUUUAUAGUAAGAAAAAAAGAUCACUGACUCAGCUAUGAUUUUCAAACUUAUUUUUCUACAUGCAAACCCCUUUCCCUUGGCCUUUUUGUAAUUUACUGUAAGCGAUGUUUGUGCUGGAUCUUGGCUCAGAUUUACUUUGCUGCCUCUUUGCACAAAUGAUUUAAUAAAUAUGCUGUACAGUUCUUUUCUCA